GCGCAUUAACACCCAGACUGUUCCCCCAAGUGUUUGAAACUACCCCGAGGAUCUCCACGCUGGGAUCAAGUAAUGCGACACGGAUAUUUUCACUCCCGAACAGACUGCCAUUUAAAUAUAUCUGAUAUCGGAUUUGUUAUUUAUUGCCCUGAUUGUUUUUUUCAUGCCUUUCCUGGGCUACAUUUUUUUUGCUUGAAGUUUCUGUCGGAUGCUCGUAGGGCGGUUUUGCACUGCGUUGUUUUAAGGAUAAUCCAGAGCGUAGACGUUUAAUGGACUCAUUCAGAGCAUCCGAAGUAAACAGUCGGAGAUAAAAUGUUAAAUACAGCCAACUGGGACCCAUUACAGGUUACUAACUAUGUAGCUGAAUAUCUGGACUUGGUCGAAUCGCUGCCUUUCGACCUACAAAGAAACGUGUCUCUCAUGAGGGAGAUCGACUCUAAAUAUCAAGAGAUCCUCAAAGAAUUAGAUGAAGCAUACCAGAAACACAGGCAGGAGGAGGACCCUGUACAGCGGCGCCGCCUUUUGCACUGCAUCCAACGUGCACUGAUACGCAGCCAGGAAUUGGGAGAUGAGAAGAUCCAGCUUGCUGGACAGAUGGUGGAGUUGGUGGAGAACCGCAGCCGGCAGGUGGAUGCAUUCGCAGAGCUUCUAGAAGUCCAGCAUGAGCCUCACGACGUGACGUCUGUGACAGCCAUUGUCCCAGGCAAACGGCGUGAGGAGGAGAAACGGAGAGAAGAGACUCCAGGUUCAGUUGAAAGAUUGGCAAGUGCCAGCAAGCGCUCAAGGAGACAGAAAAACAACAGCAAUGAGAACAGAGAGAUGAUUCAUAAUGAACGAGAUGAAGUGAGCAGAGAGAAACGGGCCAAAACGUCAAAGAAGAAGAAGAGAUCCAAAGCAAAGCAGGAGAGGGAGGCGUCACCGGCCGACCUACCCAUCGAUCCCAACGAGCCCACGUACUGUCUCUGUGAGCAGGUAUCCUAUGGGGAGAUGAUCGGCUGCGACAACGAUGAGUGUCCCAUUGAGUGGUUUCAUUUCUCCUGCGUUGGCCUCAACCAUAAGCCCAAGGGGAAGUGGUAUUGCCCAAAGUGCAGGGGUGACACAGAAAAAACCAUGGACAAAGCCUUGGAGAAAUCCAAAAAGGAGAGGGCAUAUAACAGGUAGCCAUAUACCUGUUGAACUGUCAACAUUUUUUAAUUUAUUUUAUAUAUUUGUUUAAUGCUAGGAAUACUUUCUUUGUCAAUUUGUCACCUUAAUCUAUAUUUUAGAUUUUAUUUACUACCCAACAGCACUAAAAGGGCUUAAACUCAAACCACCUGAGUUUAAGUUAUUUUUAAUUGUGACAGUGAUGUUUUCAAAGAAGUAUUUGACCUUCAUUUCAUUUAUUGUUACUUGAAAAGUAUGUGUGACAGAAGUAUUUUAUGAAGGUACUCACAGCAUGGCUAUUAUGUGUAAAGUGUUUUAAGUAGAAAUGUCCUAACUGGUAAUAAAAGAUGUAUAAAAA